AUGGCGCUCAACACAUCAUGUCGAGCUGCUGCGACUCGUAUCAAGGACGUCUUCGUCCCAGGACUGUUGGCGCAUCCCCUACGGCGGCAAAGUGCGUUGUCAAACGCCUCUGCAUCGAGGUCAACCAAGCUACCGACCUCAUUACAACUGUCAGCAUGCUCGAGUAGUCUGCCUUUACGACAUGCACAAGCCCGACGAAGAAGAUAUAUGAGCAGUUGUUCUGCCCGCCCAUCCCCCGCAUCGUCAGAUGAUUCUUUCACCUACAACUCUCCCUCGAACAGACCGCUGGAAGGCAUCACCAUCGUCGCGCUCGAGCAAGUUAUAUCCAUGCCUCUCGCCACGCGACACCUCGCCGACCUGGGGGCACGUGUGAUCAAGAUCGAACGGCCCGGCAGCGGUGAUUUUGUGCGUCAUCACGACUCUCGUGUCCGCGGUAAGCUAUGCAGCCACUUCGUAUGGACGAACCGCAACAAGGAGUCGUUAGCCUUGGACAUCAAGAACGAGCGAGACAUGGGGAUCCUCAAGAAGCUCGUCUGCGAGAAAGCCGACGUGUUUGUACAGAACCUCCGACCUGGCGAUGCCGAGAAAAUGGGCCUGGGCUACGAGGCCCUCAAGACGGCGAUGAAUGAGUACGACCCAGAACGCCGGCGCGGUGACGCGUUGAUAUACGCAUCAGUCAGCGGGUACGGGUCCGACGGGCCCUACGCGCACAAGAAGGCCUACGACCUGCUGAUUCAAGCCGAGGCUGGGGUGCUGAGUAUCACGGGCACGGAGGGUGACGACGGUAUGGCCAAGGUGGGCUGUUCGAUUGCCGACAUCGCGGCGGGCAUGUAUGCGUACUCCAACAUUCUAGGUGCCAUCAUCCAGCGGCAGAAGACCGGCAAGGGCUGUGAAUUGGACAUAUCGAUGCUCGAGUCGCUGGUCGAGUGGAUGAGUUUCCCGAUGUACUACGCGCACGAAGGUCAAGCGGGCCCCAAACGUGCGGGCGCAAGUCACGCGAGUAUCUACCCUUACGGACCCUUUUCGACCGGGGGCGGUGGCAAGGUCAUGCUUGGUGUACAGAAUGAGAGGGAAUGGAAUAUACUCGCCACGAAGGUGCUGCAGCGCGAUGAUCUGGUCCAGAACCCCAAGUUCAGCAACACGGCGUCGAGGAGUGAAAAUCGAGCCGAGCUGGAAGCGGUGAUUAGUGGAAUCUUCGGCCAGUGGAAUGCGGACGAGGUGACGAGAAGGCUUGAAGCGGCCGGAAUCGCGAAUGCGAAGGUGAACGAUAUGCAGGGUGUUUGGGAGCAUCCACAACUCGAGGCACGGAGGAGAUGGAGAGACGUUGACACGGAGGUUGGGAAGAUCAAGGCCUUGAUGGCGCCGGGCAUGAACGCCGAUGUUGAUGCGAGGAUGGACAAGGUGCCGGCGGUUGGGGAGCAUAAUGAGGGUAUCUUGAAGGAGCUGGGAAUGUCUGUGAAGUCGCUGCUGCUGCUGGCAAAAUUCGAGAUACCGCUGCCAACUUCUCUUGAGUCUUACGUGGACAUGGACGAGUCGGCGAGCACCAAUAAAUCGAGGAAGGUGAUCCCGUUGUCUCUGCAAUACGACUUUAUAAUCGUGUGA